CAGACCUGACUUGUGACAGCGUGUCAAUGACGCUCAUUAUGGACAGAUCCCUUCUCGAGAUCAGCGACGACGCUCGCGAUGUCCAUUUCGAAGACGAGUCUUGUGUUGGAUACGACCACGACAGUCAGCAUGUUGCGAUCACCACCAUGUACGAUAGAUGUGGUACUACGCAAGAGCAAGACGACAACUACAUAAUAUUUACCAACAUGGUGACGUAUUACAAGCCUCGCCCUGAAAAUGGAACUAAUGAGCUCAUUACCAGAGAACACUAUCUUCAUAUCCCUGUCACUUGCUACCUGGAGAGGACACAAGUGUUGGAAGAGUCUUUCUUGCCUGAAGAAAACCUUUAUGUCUCCGAAAAGAAAGGGUAUGGUGAUUUCUCGCUAAACCUAGACCGGUAUACAAACUCGGGCUUCUACCAACCUACCAACGAUUCCGGCGAAGUUACGCUCGGCACACCGCUAUACUUCGGCGUCCGCCUGACGUCUGUCACGAACCUCACGCUUCUCAUCGAGUCGUGUUGGGCAACGAGCUCGCCGGACCCAGGCGACGAUCACCGCUAUGAUAUCAUCAAGAAUGGAUGUGCCGUGGAUAGCACAACAGUCAUUUACAAUUUGGCCUCCCCAACUUUCAAAGGAUUCAGUAUCGAUGCUUUCACCUUCAUUGGCGAUAACGACGAGGUUUACGUCCACUGCUCAAUCCUGAUCUGUGACAACAACGACUCGGGCUCCCGCUGCGCUCAGGGGUGCAUAUCACGAUCUCGUCGUAGUCUGAAGAAUACAGGCUUCCAGUCCAAACUCCACACCAUCACGAACGGACCGCUCUCUGAUGCCUCCCGCUCCCAAAGGGCUAUGUUGCUUGAUAGCGUUUAUGAUUUGUAAUGAUUCGCUUCGGCAUGAUCAGAUGACCCAGGUUUUUCGGUCAAAUGUUUGGAGGAAUCUGCUUUGAGUGAUUAUAUAUCCCCUUCUUCAGUUAUCGAUCCCCUAUUUCAAUUCAUUAUUUCUUCUUCUUUUUGCCCGUAAAACUUAGAUUUUGUGUGAUAGCCAAACAAAAGUAUCUAAGAAACCUUUAAUUAGAAAUAUGAAGCUUAAAACCAAUGCAUAUAUACCUGUAUGAGUUUGUGUUCUAUGCUUUCCCAUAAAUUUCUAGACAUAAGUUCUCCUUUUUUUUUCAUUUAAUAUCCGUAAUGUUGUAGUCAAUGAGAAAUUUAAGACGGGGACAUGUGCUUGUUUCAUUAUUUUUUUGCACACAAAACUUUGAUUUUGUGUGAUAGCCAAACAGCAAUAUAGAAUUGAAUCUAAUUUAGCUUGAAGUAGGGAGCCUAAAAUGAAUGCAUAUACACCUGUAUGAGUAUGUGUUUUAAGCUAUCCCAUAUAAUUCUAGCAAGGUCUUCUCAAACUUAGAUUUUUCUUCUUUUUCUUCUUUCAUUUCAUAUUCGUAAUGUUUUACUCACGUAUUUAGUUGCGUUUUGUUCCAUUUUAAUAAUGGCAUAAUCUCUCUAAAUUGUUGCUUCUUAUCACAGAAGAUAAAUAAUUAAUUUGCUCUUUUUUUGGUAUUAGCAGUGCGUAGGACUAUAAAUGUCACAAUUUUUCUUUCUUGUUUUGUUUUGCUUCUGUUAAGUAUAACUCGAUCGCAAAGACUUUCGAGAAAUUAACUCAAGAUCGCCUUUCAAGAUCACGUUCAGAUUUUGUAAUAACGUCAUUGUGAUGUUCGCACACUCUAAGGUGACGCUCAGGGCUAUUGAAAUUGCUCUGGGUUGAUUUCUCGAAAGUCUUUGAGCUCGUGCUGCAUGUAGAUCUUUCAGAUAGGCUAUACCGCUAUAGAAAUUGAAAUUGAAGGUAAAAUGAUUCGCCUUUUGAUAUGUGUUUACUUCGGUGCAAUAUGAUGGGUUCUAUUUUUCUGACCAUUAUCUGGCCUCAAGUUUAUCUUUUCCGUCAACUUUCGUUGAGAUCGAAAAGAAAAUAAAUAUGAUAAAAUAAAUGUAAUGUAUUCUAAGAUUAUUCAAGAAGAAAGAUGUCUUCCAUUCUUCUAGUGAUUAAAUGUAUCUUAUAAUUAUGUCUCGUUGAGCUCGUGUCUUAAACUUACUUUCACCAUAUCAGUGGUUUGUACUUCAUUAUCAUUUUAGUCAACAUCGAAUUAUUCUUGUUGAGAAACCUUAGUUUUUACAAUUUAAGCGUCGUAUUUCUGGCUAUUGAUAAGCACUUUCCUACAUGAGUUGAAAACCUACGCUGAUUUUCGGAUUGGAAAUCUCUUCGUACCGUACUAUUGUUAAAACCAAAUCAUUGACAUAAAAAACAGCUAUCGUGCAAUAAGUCAUCCUUUUGCCUAUACCUUAAAGUCUAAAUGCAUGAAUUCGUUUUGUCACACAGUAAAUAAUGUAUACACAAUGGUGAAAUAUAUUCUUUGUGCUCCCUUCAUCAGGGGACUACUCCAUUUUAAACAGAGGAGUGGAAAUCCAUUCUUUUACGAGUCAUAUCAGCGAUCACUGCAUUAAGAGUUGAAUCCACUCCAAAUUAUAAAGGAAUCUACUCCAAUGUAGUGGUUUGUAGUACUCUAUUGAGAGUGAAUUCAACUACUCUUAAUGGAUUUCCAAUGCUGUAUCUAGAGAGUAAGUUAGGUCAUGAUUUAAUUUGGCCUCCUUUCAAGAACAAGACCUUCAUGUUGAGAGGUGUGUUUUUCUUCUUUCGAUUGGCUAUAUUUUCUAAAAAAUCUUCACUUAUUGCAUAACUAAAUGUUUCACCAUUCAUUUUACUUAAUACAUAUUUAAAUGUAUUUAUUACUUUACAUUCCUUACCUGAUUUCUUGGUUACUUUAAACCAAUUAUAAAAUACCUUGUCCACCUUACUUCAAGUUUCCUCUCAAAGUAUGUACUAAGGCGUAGUUAUUGGCUCAUUAAAUAAUAUUCUGCAUUAA